UGAUAGGAAAAACUUCACGGCCAUCUUGGCGUAGUUGCGUCAUAAGUGGUGGCAGCUUAAACCGGUGAAGCUUUAGUAUAUACAGUUUAAUCAAAAUGUUCAUCCAUCGCUGAAGUUCUGUUCGUUUUUUGCUCUUUCAUACACGAGAAAGUCGAAGUUAUUGGGUAAAAUGGCCCCACCAAGUUUUAACAUUUGGAAAAGACAAGCGAAGGUCGAAGAAACGAUCAGCGAACCUCUGACAACCACCCUAAGUUUUGGAGAAAUUGCGACGGAAGCUGGAAAUGAAAAGCCCCUUGAGAAACCUCUCACAUCAAAGGAAGAAAUCGAAAAAAGCAUUCCUUUUACACAGGAAAAAACCACAACGGUUUUAUCUACAACCGAAGCUGCAACAACAUCUGAAACGUCAGUGAAGAAGGAGGUUGUCAAUGUUGUCACAAAUACUGUAGAAGAUAUAUCCAAAAAGUCCGGUGUACCACCUACGGUAAUAAUAUGCAUAUUAAUAGUUUUGGCAAUUUUAAUUCUGGGAAUCUGCUUCUGCUGUAUCAGAAGAUGCUUCCGAAAACGAAGGGCCAAAGAUGGGAAGAAGGGCAUGAAGGGUGUGGACCUAAAAUCGGUACAGCUUUUAGGAUCGUCAUACAAAGAAAAAGUUCAGCCCGAUAUGGAAGAAUUAACAGAAAAUGCUGAAGAACCAGAUGAAGGGGAAAAACCAGAAGUACAGAAAUUAGGAAAGUUACAAUACAAGCUCGAAUAUGACUUCAAUCAAAACAGCCUUUCUGUUACUGUUAUACAAGCCGAAGAAUUGCCGGCGCUAGACAUGGGCGGAACAUCGGAUCCUUACGUCAAAGUCUACCUUCUUCCGGACAAGAAAAAGAAAUUCGAAACUAAAGUUCACAGAAAAACUUUGAAUCCCGUAUUCAAUGAAACUUUCGUGUUCAAGAAUAUUCCGUAUGCAGAUGCAAUGAACAAAACUCUUGUCUUCGCCAUUUUCGAUUUCGACCGUUUCUCAAAGCACGAUCAGAUAGGAGAGGUGAAAGUGCCCCUUUGUCAAAUCGAUUUAGCCCAAACUAUCGAGGAAUGGAGAGAACUGCAAAGUGUCGAGGGCGAAGGAGGCCAGGAAAACAAGCUGGGAGACAUUUGUUUCUCGUUAAGAUAUGUUCCGACAGCUGGAAAACUGACUGUCGUUAUUUUGGAAGCUAAGAAUCUCAAAAAAAUGGACGUCGGUGGACUUUCUGAUCCAUACGUAAAAAUUGCAUUGAUGCAAAACGGUAAAAGACUCAAGAAAAAGAAGACAAGCAUCAAAAAAUGUACUUUAAACCCUUACUACAACGAAUCGUUUACAUUUGAAGUACCAUUCGAACAAAUACAGAAAGUAAAUCUUGUUGUAACCGUGGUGGACUACGACAGAAUUGGCACAUCCGAACCAAUAGGUAAAGUUGUACUGGGUUACAACGCAAGCGGUACUGAACUACGCCACUGGUCGGACAUGCUUGCCUCUCCACGUAGGCCCAUAGCCCAGUGGCAUACAUUAAAGGACCCCGAAGACGAAAAGAAAGACUAAGCAUUUCCAGCGGCAUAUCGUCCUAUAAUUUUGUUCAGCUAGGUGUUCUACCAUUGAAAGCAUCCCUAAGUUUUUCUUUAAAAAAUGGAUUCCAAAGGAUCCAACCAGAGCGGCAGUUGCACUUAAAUAGAUACCUAAUCAACAAGUAACCUGCAUAAUGUAUAAUAAAAAAAGCAGCCCGUAUUAUGUUAGUUACCAAUGUAUUAUAAUAAACAAACCCAUUCAAAGUUUACUAAAA